GUUCAUGGUUGUGUCCAUUUCCGGCGAAACAGAAAGGCGGGUAGACACGAAGAAUGGAGGAAGAUAGCACAAAUACUACCAGUUGCAGCAGUAAACCAGCAUCGAAGAUGGAAGAAGAUGCCACCACACCCAAGAUGGAUUCCCCCACCAAUUCCCAGCAAACCGUUUCUGACGACGACGAAAUAGACUAUUCGAUCAAACCUGAAUUCUAUGACCCAAAGCUUGAUGAUAAAGAUGAGUUAUGGGUUCAGAAGGAAAGGAAAGGCCGUAUUUCCGAUGCCGUGCUUAGCUGUCCUGCUUGUUUUACCACCAUCUGCCUUGAGUGCCAAAGGCACGAAAAAUGCGUGACUGAAUACAGGGCAAUUUUUGUUGUGAUCUGCAAGAUAGAAAACGAAAUAGUCAGGCAAGAAAAUGUAAAACCAAAAAAGUCAGGCAAGCGAAGUGAGGAUGAAGCAGCUGCUGCUGCUGGUGGGGAAACUUUCAAGGCAGUCUGUUGUUUGGUCUGCUCAACGGAGGUUGGUGUUAUCGAUGAAGACGAGGUUUAUCACUUUUUCAAUGUUCUUCCGAGUGAGUCUUGAGUCUUGGGUCUCACUGCGAAACUAACAUUAUCACUGCCUGCUUUUCUUCCUUUCCCGCCCUUAGAAACGCAUCUGGGGAGAUUCCCCCUUAAGUAUAUUUCUUAGUUUUAUUAGUAGUUUUAUUAGGAUGGCUGGAUUAGAAAUAAACUGUUGAGAUUG